AUGGCGAGAGAGCUUCAGAUCCCGGGCAGGGCAAAGGUGUCUGCCUACAGGGAACUGCUAUACAGAAUAGCAGAAGACUUGGCUCCAGAUGAUGUCAAAAAAGUGAAGUUCCUGCUUAAAGAUCGAAUGCCAAAGAACAAGCUCCAGGAUGAUGCUUCUAUGUUGCAGGUCUUACUGGAAAUGGAAAGAAAUGAGAUAAUUAAAGAAGAUGACCUGUCAGUGCUGAAAGAUAUUUUAAAGGGAUUUAGAGCUGACGUAAAGAAAAAAAUUGAUACCUAUGAAGAAAACAAAAAAGAAAAUGAUUCUAAGGAAAAUCUAAGGAAAACCUCCAGUAUCUGUGCACAGUCUGUGUCUGUGCAUCCAGCAGGACAAGGAGCAGAGGGAGAGACACCACACCUGCCCGUGGAAUCAUAUAAGAUGAAAAAUAACCCCCAUGGUUACUGUGUGAUUCUUAACAACCACAUUUUUAAAAAUCCAUAUGACGUCAGAGAAGGAACAUUGGAAGAUGAAAAGGCUGUGAAGAGAGUCUUUGAGUGGCUUCAGUUUAAGACAGUUGUCCACAGGAAUCUAGAAGCAAAGCAAAUGUAUGCAGAACUUAAAGAAUACAGCAAAAAAGAUCAUAGUAACAUGGAUUGUUUUGUUUGCUUCAUUUUUUCCCAUGGUGAAAAAGCCAAAAUAAAAGGCACUGAUCAUGAGCUUGUAAAUAUUAAAGAUUUACUCUCCUGCUUCAGUGCAUCUAAUUGUCGCUCUCUCGCUGACAAACCCAAGCUGUUUUUCAUCCAGGCUUGCCAAGGCUCUGUAGGUCAUCCAGCUGUCACAGUAAAAGACGACUUUUCUGGGCAUCUUGAGACGGAUGCUAUCCCUCUGACCACCAUUCCUGAUCAGGCUGAUAUUCUCGUUGGCAUGGCUACGAUGGAAGACUAUGAGUGCUACCGCUCUCCGGAGACUGGCAGUAUUUACAUUCAGUGCCUCUGUAAGAAGAUGGAGUUGCUUUGUCCACUCCGCAAGGAUCUCAUAACCAUCCUGACAGAAGUGAACAAGGAAGUGGCAGCAAGACUAUUAAAUGGAUGGAAGCAGAUGCCAGAGAUAAGAUCAACCCUACGGAAGCAAUUGAUCUUCCAAAUUCCACAAUCUCAGUCAACUGGAAAGUAGAAAAAUAAGAAUACACAUAGUUAGGAGUCACAUCAGUAACGGACUUCCACAGGGAAGAGAAUUUGCAAGAGGAAUUAUCUGGAUCUCUGUAGUUAACCCCAGUCCUUCAAGGGGCCAUGGGACCUAAAUUUUCUAAUUACCAUAUUUAAUCAGUCUACUGGCACCUGGAACUGUAACGGUCUGGUAGGGCCAUGGAGGAGUACAGGUCUGGCUUUCUGCCCUAUAGAAUCUGUUCAGUUGUGUGUCAAGUGAGGAAGCACUUCCAAGUAGUGUGAUUUUUAAGAGUUACUGGAAAUGCCAAUAGAAAUCCCAUUUCUGUCUGAGUUGUUAUAAGUCCCUGAAAUCUGAAGAAAAGAACAGAUGGAUUCAGAAUGCUAGAUCCUUUCCCAGGGGGCAUGUGUAAGGUUGUAUCUGAUUUACCCAGAAGUGAAUCAUUGGCUGUCUCUGGAAGCUGUAUAAUUUUUCAUGGAAAAUACCAUCCCUGUCCAGAAGGACCAAAAAAAGAUAAUGAUGGUGAUAGGAGUUUGUUAUUUUCCUCCAAAUAUUUGUUUCUCUUUGUGUUAUCAAUUGACUGGACUAAACAGUGCCUCUGUUUAGGUUUUUUAAUAGGAAGGGUUCUUGUUGUGUUUUUUCUCAGAGCUCUUAUGGGACAGUCUGUUUUGAAUGGCUGUUGACUGCUGGAAGGCAGGUCCCGUUCCAUUAAAUCUGCGACUCUGAGAUUCCUUAUCUUCCUGGCAGCUGGCUCUAGCUCUUGUGGACUCUUGUUUCUGUUGUAAUAAAUACUCUUGGUUUACACAUCA